CGUAAAGGAGAUUACUGAAGGCUGAAGCACUCGAGUGUCGACUAUGAACUCUUAAAUUCCGAAGCCAUCUAUUCUACGUCUCUCCCUGCAAUUCACAAUAACUGAAAUAUUACCAGUUUCCUUCCCCUGGAUCUACUAGUGGAGUUGAAGAUUCAGCCAUGGAUUUCAUGAAGGUCCUAGAUCAAACCGUCCGGGAAAUAAAGAGGGAGGUGAACAUGAAAGUCCUAAAAGUUCCUGAGAUCGAACAGAAGGUUCUAGAUGCAACAAGCAAUGAGCCUUGGGGUCCUCAUGGAUCUGACCUGGCAGAGAUAGCACAUGCCACCAAAAAAUUCACUGAAUGCCAAAUGGUUAUGAAUGUGUUGUGGACAAGGUUAACUGAUACUGGUCGAAAUUGGCGUCAUGUCUACAAGGCAUUGGCAGUUAUAGAGUAUUUGGUGUCUCAUGGAUCUGAGCGUGCUGUUGAUGACAUAAUUGAGCAUACCUUUCAAAUCUCAUCUCUGUCAGGUUUUGAAUAUGUUGAGCCUAAUGGCAAGGAUAUGGGAAUUAAUGUAAGAAAGAAGGCUGAAAGUAUUGUGGUCCUGUUGAAUAACAAGGAUAAAAUACAAGAAGUUAGAAAUAAAGCUGCUGCAAAUCGUGAUAAGUACAUUGGGCUUUCAUCAUCUGGAAUGACAUAUAAAUCAAGUGCAACCUCAUAUAGUAGCAGCAGUUUCCAGUAUAAUGACCGGUAUGGAGGCCUAAGUGGCAGAAAAGAAGGGGAAAUGUUCAAGGACAGUUAUAAAGACAGAGGUCGGCUUGGAGAAGAAGAGUUUGACAAUGAUAGUCGUGAUAAGCCACAUAGAGGCACCACUACAGAGGACGAUGGGAACAACUUUAGGAAGGGAUCUACAAAUUAUGGCAGGGACAGAGUUGCUUCAUCGUCCAGUACUCCAAGCUCGGGUUAUGAUGCUCUCCACUCCGAAAGCUUAAAUGCACCUUUGAGUAAUACCGAUGAUGAUUUUGAUGAUUUUGAUCCCCGGGGGACCUCUACCACUGGGUCAGCUGCUGCAAGUGUUAAGCAGGUGGAUUUGUUUGGUGACAGUUUAAUUGACCUCACAGAUGCACCAACUCCUAUUCCAACAGAAGCAAGUACUGUUAAUAGCAGUAACACAGAAGAUGUUGAUCUGUUUGCAGAUGCAACUUUCGUGUCUACAUCACCUCAUGUAGAAGCAGGGGUGGUCCCUCAAAAACAGGCCAGUGUUGAUCUGUUUGCUUCUCAGACUUCUUUCUCUUCAUUUCCUUCAACAAUAGACUUUUUUGCUGCUCCUAGUCCAGCCCCACAAACAGAAAGCAAAACUCCCGAACCGGAACCAAUGAAUUCCAACUCUAUUGAUCCAUUUGCUGCAAUGCCCCUUAACAAUUUUGAUGGAUCUGAUCUCUUUGGUGCAUUUACUUCUCAUACUGGCCAAGAAUCUACUGGAUCAACAGUAAAUCCCGCCAAUGAUGGAAAACUUGACAAUCUGACCCAAAAGCCACCAGAAGAAUCCAAACCUGUACCCAAGAAGGAUACUUUUCAGGUCAAAUCUGGAAUUUGGGCAGAUUCAUUGAGUCGUGGACUGAUUGACCUGAAUAUUUCUGCUCCCAAGAAAGUAUCUCUAGUGGAUGUUGGAAUUGUAGGAGGCCUCAGUGAUGGGUCUGACGAGAAGGAAAAGGGACCACCAACUUCAGCUUUCAUGGGAAAAGCCAUGGGGGUAGGGUCAGGUCUUGGUAGAUCUGGAUUUACCCCUUCAACUGGAAUGGCUGAAAAUGACUCAUUUUCGUCCCUCAGACAACAACAACAGUUUGGUAGCUUCAAAUGAUGAUUUUUCUGUUUUCCUCUUUUGAUAUUCUUCAACCCUUUCACAGCAGAAGUUGAAGAAUGGGUGUCUUGGUGUGCUUCAUCUAUUCUAUGCAUUAACAAUAUUUGGUUUGAUAAUUGCAUGUUGUUAACUCUAUGAUGGCAUUAGCCAGGCCUUUUUUCAUUAUGUCUGUAGGCAUUCCAGAAUAUAAUUCCUUUAAAGAUAUGUGACUUAAUCAAUACGGAGGAUCUUUCCAUUGUUAGAUUGUGGUUGUAGCAGUUCUGUCUUACCCCAAUUGGAAGUUCUAUACAGCUGGGUCAAGCAAAUCCAUCGAAAUCUGGCCAAGAAAAUUUCAGCAAGAGCAAGCAGGGAAAUGUUUACUACUAGGAGCUGGCGAGUGAUAAUUAACGAGUUAGAAGUAUUCUCCCUGCUCGCAAAUGAAAGAGUUCGCAUUGGUUCAGGAUUAUGAAGUUGUCAGCUUAGAAACUAGAGUGUUUGUGUUCCUUGGAGAUUCUUAAUGAAAGAGUGAUUCUUUUGCAUAUC